AUGCGGCGCGCCUCCGGCGACUCCCAUGGCGAUGACUCCGUCUCGCCCUCGCGCCCGUCGCGCGAGGCCCGCAGGCCGCCGCCGCUCGACGCAGCGGACAGGGGCCGGCCCCGGACGAGCUCGUCCACCGCGGUGGCCAGUCAGGCCCGCGGCCCGCCGACUGGCGGCUGGCGCCGUGCCCCGCGGGCCCCCGCCGAGUCGCUCCCGCACCGCGGGGGCUGCAGCGCCGAGGCGGUGCUGCAGCGGCUGGCGCCCACCUGCGCGGCACUGCGGCGGGGCACGCUGCAGCACGAGCAGGUGCGCACGGCCGAGGACCUGGCCGCCCUGGGCAGGGAGGACCUGCGGGAGCUGGGGCUGACCAUGGCGGAGCGCGGCAGGGUGCUGCGCUGGGCGCGCCACGCGUGGGCGGCGCCGGAGGUCCCCGAGGUGGGCGACGGACCGAGCAGCGACGACGCGUUGCCGCCGAAGUGCAGCAGCGGCGAGAUCGGCGAGGGCACGCCGACCGAGUUGCUGCUGGGGGCGGAGAGGCUCGUCGGGGCGGAGAGGUUCCGCGGGGCGGCGCCCCGGGAGGAGGACGAGGAGGCGAUGCAGUCGCGGCUAGACGAGGUGGAGCAGGCCGGGGACUUCUGGUGCACGAUGGUCCAGGACGCGACGCGGACGUGUCAGUGGCAGGGUGCCGAUCAGAGGGAGGGGCCCGAGGUGAGCGAUCUGCGGGAAGACGUGCUCGAGGCUUGGUUCGACCUCACCCCCGAGAACAUCCACCUCCUGUACCAGGACAUGCUCAAGCAGGGAGGCGGGGAGGUCUCGCUCAGAGAGCUGAAGCACGGCCUGCAGGAGUGCGGCAUGCCUGGACUCAGCGACGAGGCGCUAAACAGCAUCUCGGAGAAGCUGGGCCUCGAGUGGGGCGGCCGCGGCCUGCGGCGGGCAGAGCUCGACGUGGUGCUGUCGCGGCUGAAGCUGGCACACAUCCUGGUUUUCCGCACGGGCGCCGACAAUCCUGACGAGAUCUCGCCGCACCAGCGCCUAUGGGUCGUCGACUACAACACCCGGGGCGCAGACAUCUUGAAGGUCAGGGAGCGGGAUUUCAAAGCUUUCUUCUUCGGCCACAGGCCCCGAGUGCGGCCGGGUGUGCCGGCGCUGGUGCGCUGGGUGCACUGUUGCGGUUUUGACUUGAUGACGCUGUUGGCGCUGACCGUCAAGUACGGGCUGCACCCUCUGGCCGUGGAGGACAUGGUGGAGCAGUGCCAGACCAAGAUAGAGCAGUACGGCAAUCACCACUUCGUGGUGGUGCAGGUGCUGAUCUUGGCGUCCCCGACCGACGGCAAGGAGCCCGUGAAGGUCCGCAGCAUGCACGUGUCGUGCUCCUGCUCUGGUGUCGGAAACGUGUUUCACGCGGACACGCUGAUUACGGUGACACAGCCCGACAGCUCCUUCGCGGAGGAUUGGCCUGGCGGCGUCAGCGUCGACGAGGAGAGCGAGAUGCGGCGCAAUUUCGAGGAGGGCGGAGGGUUGUUCGGGAAGCUGCGGCAGCGGCUCGAGGCGCCCAGGUCGAAGCUCCGCGAGCGCAAGGCCGAUUUCCUGAUGCACCAGAUCAUCGAUCUCUGCGCGGACGCGCUGGUGGACGUGAAGUCUGCCUUCCUGCUGCGGCUGAACCACCUGGAGGAGCAGAUCUUCUACGCCGAGAACGAGCACCACGAGGACGCCGCGCUGGCCGAGGUGACGCUCGUGAGCCUGCAGCUCGGCGUGCUGGCGCGGCGGCUCCGCGGGCUGCAGCGGCUGCUGCGGCACGCGGUGCAGCACCCCGACCUGGGCGCAGACUUCCCCGGGUACUUCCAGGACGUCAAGGACGGGGUCGAGGAGUCGGGGGGGCCCCCGAACGGGGCCUGGCGACCACACCGUGCGGUGGGUCGGUGGGGACUCGGGGUCGCCGCACAGUUUUGGGGGCUCGGGCUGUUCUCCGAGUGUACGUCUCGGGCGACCCGGGCCUCCGAGGUCCCGAAACCGUGCGCUGACGGACCGUGCGGUGAGGUUCUGGGGGGUUUCGAGGUCACCGCACUGUCUGUCACCGCGCCAUGUCGGGACUCCAAGAGGAGGCGUUGGACGACGCUGCGGCCUUGGCGGAGAGAUGCAACGUGA